GCUGGUGCAGUCCUCCCGCUCACACAGCGCUCGCUGCACCGGGGCCGGGCCUGGGGCCGGGCCUGGGCCUGGGCGUGGGGUCGGGGCUGGGGCCUGACGCCACCGGCCCUCCCUCCUAAGGGCCGUCGCCUUCCCCUUCCAUCCGCCACCGCCUUCACCCAGCCGGGGAGAGGCGUCCGACCCCUCUAACCCGGCCGAAUGGAGUCUCCGGACGGGGCUGGCACCUUAGAAUUGACUAAAGAAGCCCAGACAGCACAGACGACCGUGGUGGUGCCAGGCCACCUCGGGCCAGGGGAAGAGUCCCGGGCCCCUCUGGCAGAGGAGGAAGGAGGGAUUCCCAUUCCAGCUCCGGGACUCCUUCAAGUCACAGAGAGAAGACAGCCUCUGAGCAGUGUCUCCUCCCUGGAGGUGCACUUCGACUUGCUGGACUUGACAGAACUAACAGACAUGUCUGACCAGGAAUUGGCUGAAGUCUUCGCGGACUCAGAUGAUGAGAACGCCGCGAAUGAGUCUCCAGCAGGUCUGCACCCGCACCCAAUUCCUCGAGCAGGGUACCUCCGCUCCCCAUCCUGGACCCGGGCAAAGGCCGAACAGAACAGGGAGAAGAAGCACCUCAGCGACUCUGAGUUGCAGGCGGGGAUAGUGGACACUUUCCUUACGGUAGAGAGACCAAAAGAAAACUAGGCCGAGCCCAGCGUGCCCUGGCCGCUUCCCUAAGGUGCCAAGAGAGAAAUGCCGACUGUUGCACUAAUCACAGAUUCCUGACAAUUUGUGACCUGAAAAAAAAAAAAUUCCUCAACCAGAGACUUUGGCCUACUGGUAAUAGCUAAUGCCGAGUUCCUCCUCCUUUUUCCUUCUCCAUCCUGUGGCUCUUCAUUCGAGAGUGACUCUUGUUCCUCUUCAUGCCCCGAUGACCUAGAAGUGGGUCCUGCCAACUGAGCUGGCCCUCCAGCCCACCAGUGACCAAUGAAGAUGGACAAGAGCACCAGGGAGGGGGGCUGUUUGCCGGGGGGACAAGAAGGCAAGAGUUUCGGCCCUUUGAGCUUUUCCCGCUCAUUCUGCCCAAGAUCUGUCUUCACGAACAGACCCAAAGGGAAUGGCUGCCACUAUCUGAGCUGGAGUAGUGGCAAAAGGUGCCUGCUGUGUUGGGGGACAGCAAGGGAAAGAGGGAAACUCCCAGCCGCCAAAGUGGAGAGAAGAAACUCCUUCCUCCGAGUAGCUUUCGAGCCCGGGCCGAAGAGCCUCCGACUUGCUCUGCAGGGAGCUUAGGGAAGAGGCGGAUUGGAAAGAGGGAGAAACUCCAAGCCGACGCGGGAUCUGCUAAGACAGAGGAGUGUGGCAGGCUGGGCAGGGCCCAGCCACAAGGUCCCUCCGGCCAUCCUUCGAAACAAGCACAGUCUCCUUCUAGUGGCCUUACUCCCAUCUCUUUUUACGCGCAUUGGAUCAAGAUUAACGCACAUCCUCCGUGUGGGAUCCUCACCCACACGGCCUUGAUCCGAUGCCUCGCGGGAGGACCGGGACGCUCCUCGUCACCCGGCCAAGCGGCUGAACUCUCAUCAGGUGUCUCCCGGGGAGAACCACGGCACCUUGAGGACCAGAGCGAGAUCCGGAACAAUCCCAAGCACCACAGGGGCAGGCUGGGAAACUGGACGUGUGCUGGCCGCUUUCCUCAGGCCCACUGGCCCAAGGGACUCGGGUCCUCUCGGCUUAUCGGAUCGCCUGGGAGGUUGGUGCUGUCUGUCUGCUUCUGGGUUGCGACCGGGCUAAGGCUCAAGACUUUGGGGGUCUGUGGGAAAGAACCGCUAAUCAAGAUGACGAGCAUAUCCAAAUACGCUGUGGUUAUUUCCGACUUCAGUGGGAAGAUCCUGGUUCCUCCGAUGCUUUCUCACCGCCGGGGACUCCACCUCCUGACUUCUCUCCACCGGUAGCCGCUCUGAACUGACAACCUGGGGAGCUGGUUUCUCUCUCCUCUCGGCUUUCGAUGUUUUGCACUAAUGGAGGUCCAGAUGAUAAAAAAGUGGGAUAAAUGGCUUAGGCCCCACCUAGCUACAGGCUAAGGACCUGCCUGGUUGAUAAGGUGGGGUGUCUGUAGGGGGGGCGGUGUAUCAGGUUCCAGUCAAGCGGCCUCCGAGGUGGGCUGGUGCCACACGUGAAAUCUCGAGGAAGGCAACUUUACAAUUGUUGGGGGCUUAAAACCUCCCCGACAACCCCAAAGCAACUCACCUGCAGACAGCCAAGAGUGGACGGGAGCAGCAGACGGGCAUCUAGAUUUGCAUUCAGACUCUAGAUCCGAAAUGAGCCCCUCGUACCGACCCCCCGAGGAGUGAUCCGAUACCUGCCGCGCUCUCGGGCGCCAAGGGGAAGCCUCCCUUAGACUAGAGCCGGACCUCUACUUCCGCAUCUCACGGACCCUUUAAGACCUCUCGGACGCGUUUCCUUCGGCCGCUGCAGCGUUGAGACCCGAACGCUGAGGAGACCUUUCCUUACCGAACCUCACCUUACUCCAAGCACCAAAUAAAGCCAAAACUGCCUCCAGAGACACGGCAACGCCCUCAGAGGGCCACUGAAUAGGAGAACACUUGAUCCACUGUAACCCUUAGUUAAUCUUCAUGUCGGAUCUCAUGGAAAGCGAUCCGUUCCCCGACCCAGUCUCUAGCUCAUCUCGUGUCACGUGUAGCCCCUUAGCGUAGCUUGGCGCUGGCAGCUGCCUUCAAAUUCCCGUGGUCCUCCGGGCUCACGGAUCGGUACUCAUUCUGUUCUCACCCGUUGUCUUGAGAAAGCAGGUCUGGGACCGACCACUUCCGCAGGUAAGGUGGACUUACUUGCAGGAAAAGAGAGGGUCAGGGGUUGGGUUCCCCUGCCGUUUGGCAGGGGGGAAGGUGGAGGCCAAGAUCCCCCCACCCCCCAACCUCCUGCAGGUUGCUGCUCGGUGAGCUUUCUCAAAGACAGGUGGGAGAAGCAGGGUCCAAAGCAGAUUUUUUUUUUGACAAAAAGCCAAAUUCAUUUUUCCUCCACUCCCUUCAGCCAAUUCUGGAGGUUCUUGCCCACAUUUUCUUUUUUCCCUUUUAAGUCACUUCUGAAGCCUCCGCCUGGGCUCUUGCGCUUUAUCCCUGGCCCAGCCGGAACAGAACUCAGAUCUGCCAGUGAGUGACAGGAGGAAGGCUUCUGGAACGAUUUCUGGGGCUCGGGUCUUGACCGCCGACUGGCUUUUCGGUUGCUAUGGAGCUCUGGCGAGCUGCCAGCUGCCAUGGAAAUUCCAGGGUGUCUCAUUCAUGCUCAGACCCAAGCCACGGGAGGCUUCCGGCUUCGGCUUCCAGAAUGUCCUCGCUGGACUCAUCUUCCAGCGUGCAAAGCCAGCUAGUUUCCAGCUUUAAACCAACUGUCUGUUCAUAUCAGCCCCUAACUUUCUGCCGGGGCUUCCGUUUUGUUCCUAAUCGAAAACAGCUCUAUUAGACAUGAACAGGAGGGGAGCCCUGCUUUCCCACGGCCUGUGAAAGGGGACAGACGAUGAGUGUAAAUCCCGAUUUGCUUCUGAACACUUUCCGCUUUAACUUGUUCGACCGCUCAGAUACCAGUGAAGCCAAAUAACCAAGCCAGCGGGUCUGAGUACAGAGAGCAAUACGAGGGAUGACAUAAUGAAGGUUUUCACUUUGUUCUGUUUUGAAACUUUAACAUCCGAAGGCAGCUACAGCCGCCCAUCACACACACACACACACACACACACACACACAGAGACACUUCCUCUUUGUGACCUGUUCUUUCCUCAGAUUGUACUUUUCAUCUGUACAUGUAGUAGUGUCAUUAAAAAAAAAGUAUUAAACCCCAUCUUGCUAGUUUUAA